AUGUCCACCCAGAAAGCAGUCAUCAUCACCGCCCCCAAGCAGGCGAACUUGGUCACCGACCGCCCCAUCCCCAAGCUGCGCGAUGACUACAUCCUCGAAGUGGGCAAGGCCGUCAAGAAGCCCUUCAAGAAGGGCGACAGAGUCUGCGGGUUCGUUCACGGCUCCAACGCCGUGCAGCCCGAGGACGGCACGUUUGCCGAGUACAUCGUCGCCAAGGGCGAUCUGCAAAUCCACAUCCCCGAUAACCUGAGCUUCCAGGAAGCCGCCACGCUGGGCGUCGGUAUCACCACUGUCGGCCAAUCGCUAUUUCAGAGUCUUCAGGUUGCUUGGCCGGACAAGCCGAUCAAGGACGCUCAGCCUCUCCUGAUCUAUGGCGGUUCUUCUGCGACUGGUGCCCUGGCUAUCCAGUUUGCCAAGCUGUCCGGCUACCGGGUGCUGACGACGUGCUCGCCGCGCAAUUUUGAGCUCGUCAAGAGCCUGGGUGCCGAUGCGGUGUAUGACUACAACGACCCCAACGCCGCGGCGGGGAUCCGCAAGGCCACCGACAACAAGCUCAAGUAUGUGAUGGACACGAUCUCGCUGGAAUCGAGCGCCAAGUUCUGCGACGAGGCGCUGAGCACCGAGGGAGGAGAGUACACUGCUCUUCUGACUGUUCCCAUUAAGCGCGAGAAUGUCAACGAUCGCUGGACCCUGGGAUACACUUCCGUCGGUGAGAAGUUCAAGUUUGGCGACAAGGAAGUCCCUGCGAAGCCGGAAGAUUUUGAGUUUGCGAGCAAAUUUUGGUCGGUCGCUGAGAAACUGCUGGCAGAGGGCAAGGUCAAGCCGCACCGUCCCAAGGUUUGUCCGGAUGGACUGAAGGGUGUGCUGAAUGGCCUGCAGCUGAUGAGAGAGGGCAAGGUCAGCGGAGAAAAGUUGGUGUACAAUGUUGCUGAGACCCCUUGA